AUGGCAAUUAGCCCAUCAAAAGCUGAAGCAGCAUUCGAUACAUCGCCCCAAGACUCCAUCCUCUGUUCUAUGAGGCCUCGGGAGUGCGCGGGCUUGCAUCUUCUAGCCGCUUGUCUGAGCCGCGCCGUUCGCCAAUCCCGUUUGCUAAAGAUAGUGGCCUCAGGUCAUUCAGAACUGCCCGAAAGAGUAUUUGCCCUUCAUUGGUCUGCCUCGCCCAACAGCAUGGGUAAUUUCUCUGAAAAAGCCGACUUUCCGGACUCCAACUCGCUCGACCUCGCACUUCGCCAUCCUACUCCAGAUGAAUGCGUUAUCAUCUGGACCAACACCUUUGAGUCAUGGGGUGAUUCUCUCCCACUACCAGAGUAUCUCAAUGAAUCUCUCUUCUUGACUACUGUCCCUUUGGCAAAAGAUGAGGGAAUGAGUAACUGGAUUCUUGUUGACAAAAACCUUCCUCCAAACCAACGGCCCAUUCUGUGUUCUUGUGAAACUUUCCGCAAGCAUUCCUUGACAAGCAACGCGGUUGGCAAUGUCGAUGAUAACAUUGUCCACGGAAUUGCCAGCGUCUUCUGCGCUCCAGGAUAUCGGCGCCGCGGUUACCCAGUGCGUAUGAUGAAGGAACUAGCUAAGACUCUUCCUACGUGGCAGCUCGAUGCUUCUCGAUGUGUAGGGAGCAUACUGUACUCGGAUAUUGGAAAGGAAUACUACGGAAACCUUGGAUGGCACCCAAAUCCCACAAACUCGCAUUUGACGUUCGAACCGCGCAUAGCUCCGAAGCUGUCCCUUGGUCAAGAAAUCGUGGAAGGAGACCUCGCGGAGCUCUGUAAGCGAGACGAAAUAAUGGUCCGUAAGGCCAUGGCAACACCGACAAACGAUGUCAAGAUGCGUGUGACAAUUGUUCCCGAUCUAGAUCACAUGCUUUGGCACAUCCGGAAGGAGGACUUCGCUUCGAGAUAUCUCUUCGGAAAGGUACCUCCAGCAAAAGGAGCGAUUGCAGGAUCGCCGGGUAACCAAGUGUGGGCGAUUUGGACGCAUCGAUAUUAUGGACCAUUAGAUGCCGAGCCUCGGAACAACGUGCUCUACAUCUUACGUCUCGUCGUCGAAGCGGAUGAGACAGCCACCCGGCUCCCAUUGGAUGCGGAGAAGAAGUUCAAAGGAGCAAGAUACGACGAGCAGGUGGCCUAUUUGAAAGCUGUUCUGCAAGCUGCGCAAGCUGAGGCUGCAGAGUGGAAGCUUGACCAUGUCAAGCUCUGGGAUCCAACACCCUUGGUCCAGGACAUGAUCAUGCAAAGUGGAAUCGACCACGUUGUCGUAGAACGUGAGGAAGAUAGUAUCGCUAGUGGGAUGUGGUACGGAGAGAAUGGCCAAGGAAGUGUUGCGCCAUUAUGGGUCAAUAACGAGCAUUAUGCAUGGUUGUGACCAACGAAGGCUAUUAGAAAAAGCUUACAGAGAAC